AUGUUUGAUUCGGAUAGACGUAUAUAUAUUUUUUUCUUCAUGAAAGUCCUGGAUUCAAUAAAAAGAAUAUCUUUACUUUCAAUUGCGAUGAGUUACCCAAAGCCAAGAAUGAAGCGCAUGCUUCGACAACAUGCGGAAAGGCCCAUUGAUGAUUCCGCUGUAGAUCUGAUUUACCUAGAUUAUUGUCUUUUUUUACAAUCGCUCUUAAAAGAAGCCAACAUUGAAGCAGAACGAACCGGCGAAAAGAAAGUCCAGCCAGUUCAUAUUCAAAAUGUCAAACGGAAAAUUUUGGCCCGCUACCGAGGGUAA